CGGCAGCAGGGGCGGCUGAGCCGCACGUGGGUCCGGGAUGGAGGCGGCGCGGCGCGCGGGGCGCGGCGAGCAGGUGGUCAGCAAUGCCGGGGGAGAUGUGGAGGCUGUGGAGGAAGAGGAGAAUCGGGACGUCAGCGAGAAAGGCAGGCGCCAGGGGAGGAAGAGGGCACCUGCCCCGGACGGCGUCCUGCAGCCGGUGAAGCUCAGCCGAGCCGACCUGUACAAGCCACCCACCAACGAGGAGCUGAGCCAGCUGAAGGAGACGGAGAACCUCUUCCAUUCCAGCCUCCUUCGCCUGCAGAUCGAGGAGCUCCUGAAGGAGGUGAGGCUGAAGGAGAAGAAGAAGCAGCGGAUUGAUGCCUUCCUCCAUGAAAUCAACACCCUGCUCAGCACCGUCCCCGAGACCCCCGAGGCAGACAUCACUGACCAGACCUGGCUCCCCAAGCAUGUGAGGGUCCCGUUGCUGCAGGUGCCUUUCGGCGUGAAGGGGAAGUUCCGCUUCCUGCCCCCGGCUGCAGUGAAGGUGGUGGGGAGCUACCUGCUGGGCACGUGCAUCAAGCCGGACAUCAACGUUGACGUGGCUGUGAUGAUGCCAAGGGAGAUCUUCCAGGACAAAGACCACCUGAACCAGCGGUACCACCGGAAGAGGGCCCUGUACCUGGCCCACAUCGCGCAGCACCUCUCCAAGAAGCAGCUCUUUGGCAGCAUCAAAUUUGCCUACGCAAACAGCAACCACCUCAAGCCCGUCCUGCUCCUUCGGCCGCAAGGCAAAGACGAGAAGCUGGUGACUGUCCGGCUCUAUGCCUGCCCUGCCUCAGGCUUCUUCAAGCCCAGCCGCUUCCAUCCCAGCAAGAACAAUGUCCGCUUGGCCUGGUUCCUGGAGCAGGCUGCCCCCGGGGAAGGAGCCACCGAGCUUCCCACCCCACACUACAACAACUCCUUCCUCUGCGACACGGUGCUGGAGUCUCACCUCCUCUUCCUCUCUGGUGUGGCUGCCGACUUCCCGGGCAUGAGGGACGGUGUGGCCCUCCUCAAGGUCUGGCUGCACCAGCGGGAGCUGGACAAGGGCCUGGGGGGUUUCAAUGGCUUUGUGGCCUCCAUGUUGGUCGCCUACCUACUGACGAAGCACAAGAUCAGCAGGAUGAUGAGCGGCUACCAGGUGCUGAGGAACGUCUUGCAAUUCCUGGCCACCACGGACCUGAGCGUUGUGGGAGUCAGCCUCUCGAAGGGCGCGGAUGGCUCUCUGCCCACCCUUGCUGACUUCCAGCAGGCCUUUGAAGUGGUCUUCGUAGACCCCUCGGGGCUGGUGAACCUCUGCGCAGACAUGACCGCCAGCACAUACAAGCAGGUGCAGUUUGAAGCCAAGCACUCAAUGGACGUCCUAGAUGACAAAACGGUGGAUGGGUUCCAGCUGCUGCUGAUGACCACCAAGCCCCUGCUCAGGACCUUUGACCAUGUCUUCUACCUGAAGCCGGUCUCCAAGCUGCAGGGAGCCUGCAAGAAGAUGCAGCUGCUGAACGAGCUGAUGGAUCGGGGCGGAAACUACGUGGCCACAGCCCUGCCCUUCAUGACCUCCCUGCUGGCGCGAGGCUUGGGCGAGCGGGUGCUGCUGCUCACACACUCCUUGCCCCAGACACAGGAGUGGCCAAUCGAUGCCGACCCCCCAAAACACAAGGACAUUGGGCACCUGUCGUUCGGCCUCCUGUUCGCCCCAGAGUUUGCUGCGAGCGUCCUUGAGAGAGGCCCCGAGGCAGACCAGCCGGAGGCGGCUGACUUCCGGCAGUUUUGGGGGGAGAAGUCAGAGCUGAGGCGGUUCCAGGACGGGGCGAUCUGCGAGGCGGUGGUGUGGCAGGCCAGCACCCUGGCCCAGAAGCGCCUCAUUCCCGAGCACAUCGUCAGGCAUCUGCUGCAGCUGCACGCAGGUAUUCCCGAAUCCUCCAUCUGCUACACGGGAGCCAUGCUGGAGUCGGUGAUCAAAACCAGGCGGGAGCCUGCAGGGACUGGCGAGGAGGCCAUGGUUGGUGUCAUCCGCUCCUACGAUGACCUGAGUCGCAAGCUGUGGAAGCUGGAGGGGCUGCUGCUGACGGUGACAGCCGUGCAGGGCACGCAUCCGGCGCUGCGGUACACUGACGUCUUCCCUCCAGCCCCCAUGAAACCGGAUUAUGCAUACCACGAGAGGAACAAGGAGAAGGAUUCACUACUUCCCCUGGCAGAUAAACCCUGCCCAGCGUACAUCCCACCCAUGAAAGUUAUCUGCCACAUGGAGGGGAGCGGCCAGUGGCCUCAGGACAAGGAAGCCAUCAAGCGUAUCAAAGCUGCCUUCCACCUCCAGCUGGCCGAACUCCUGAGCCAGCAGCAUCAUUUCCUCUGCAGGCCCACAGCCUCCCACACCGACGUGUACAAGGAUGGUUAUGUUUUCCGUCUCCAAGUGGCCUAUCACCGGGAGCCCCAGAUCCUGAAGGAGGUGGUGACCCCAGAGGGGAUGCUGAAGUACCGGGAUACAGAGGAAUCUCAGCAGUUGGAGCUGGAAACCUUCCACCUGCCCUAUCUGACCAGCUGUCUGCACGGGCUGCAGCAGCAGCAUCCCGCCUUCAGCGGCACCUGCCGGCUUGCCAAGCGCUGGAUCAGCGCCCAGAUGCUGAGCGAUGGCCUCUCGGAGGAGUGCGUGGACCUGCUUGUGGCCUCCCUCUUCCUCCACGCCGCACCUUUCACGCCACCCAGCUCCCCCCAGGUGGGCUUCCUUCGCUUCCUCCACCUGCUGACCACCUUCGACUGGAAGAACGCCCCGCUCAUCGUGAACUUGAACUCAGAGCUUAAAGACGCAGAUUACACAGAGAUCAAGAACGAGUUUGUGGCUUCCCGGGCCGACCUCCCUGUCAUGUUCAUCUCCACGCCCAGAGACCAGCGGAGCUCAGUGUGGACCAAGGAGCGGCCGUCUGCCCAGAUCCUGCAGCGCCUUCUUGUGCUGGCGCAGGCAUCCCUGCGGGCCCUGGAGGAGCAGCUCCUGAACCCCCUCGGCAGCCAGGAUGUGAAGGUGGCUUUCCGCCCUCCUCUGGAUUUCUACGACGUCCUCAUCCACCUCAAUCCCAAGCAGAUCCCAAGGCACCUGGAGGGUGUGGACCGGCCGGCGAAGUCGUUCAUCCGGGGCAUGCUGAAGAGCGAUGCUCCAGUCAAGACCCUUUCUUUCCCAGUGGUGGAUUAUGACCCUGUGCAGUGCUACCUGCAGGAGCUCAGGGAAGCCUUUGAUGACUUUGCCCUGUUCUUCUAUGAUAAGUACGGCGGGGUGGUGAUUGGUGUCUUGUGGAAACCCUCCAGCUUCGAGCCGCAGCCAUUUAAGGUGUCCAACAUGAAGGGAAGAAUGAUGGCUGCCCGCGGCAAUGCGCCGGUCACUGUCCCCAACGUGGAGGCUAUUCUGGAAGACUUCGAGGUUUUGGGAGAAGGCUUGGUCAGGUCGGUGGAGGCUCGGACAGAGAGGUGGACCAUCUGAAACCAGGCGGAGCUCUGGUUGGACGGACUUCUCCUGCGGUACGGGGUGUACUCCCGUCCAUAAUCUUUCCUGCCACCCAUCGGUUGUGGGGAAGGGAUUUCAUUACUUCAGAGCAGCGUCUCUCAGCCUUGUAUCCAUGUCUGAUUCAGAUAAACAUUUCUACCCUUGAAAAGGGACCAUAUUUUCUAGAGAAAAUCCCCCACCCCCCUCAUAUUCUUUUCCAAAUAAAAUCCAGGUGAGAUGAAAAA